AGAAAAGAAAUAAAAUUGAAAUAAACGUGUAGAGCCAUUGUUUGUAACGUGAGUGAGACGAAGAUGGGGACGGAGCGUCCAUCCAAGAGUUGGAGCAUCCAUACCCGAUCGGAGAUCAUCGCCAACUACCAAGUCAUGGAACGCAUCGGCUCCGGCGCAUACGCCGACGUCUACCGCGGCCGUCGUCUCUCCGACGACCUAACCGUCGCUCUCAAGGAAAUCCACGACUACCAGUCCGCUUUCCGAGAAAUCGAAGCGUUGCAGAUGCUUCAAGGCUCUCAGAACGUUAUCGUCAUGCACGAGUACUUCUGGCGCGAAGAUGAAGACGCGGUUCUCGUUCUUGAGUAUCUUACCACUGAUUUGACUACGGUUAUUUCCAAUGCUUCUAAGGAAGGUGCUUCGCUUCCUGUUGGUGAGAUGAAACGGUGGAUGAUUCAGAUUCUUUCUGGUCUUGAUGCUUGUCACCGGAAUAUGAUUGUUCAUCGUGAUUUGAAGCCUUCUAAUCUGUUGAUUUCGGAUAGCGGUGUUCUUAAAUUGGCUGAUUUUGGACAGGCAAGGAUACUCACAGAACCUGGAUUUGAUGCUUUUGAAGGGAAUCCACCACCGAGCGAGCAUGAUGGUUCUAAUCAUGAAAGUUCACUUCAUCAUCCUGAAGUUUUUCCUCUCACCGACAACUUAAAUCAAUUUGGAUGUGGAAAUCAAGAGCAGGGAAGCAGUCAUAAUGAGUAUUUUAGUGUUUUAGACGAGCUGAAAACGAAGAGUUCUGUGGAAGACACUGAAAAGGAUACAAGCAUUCCAGACGGAAAUACUUCUUGUCUUGCAACGUGCACAACAAGUGAUAUGGAUAAUGAUCCUAUGAGAACUUCUUUUAGUUAUGAAGCAAUGGAGCAGGAAGAUAAAGAACAUGGUGGUUUCACAUCAUGUGUUGGAACUCGUUGGUUCCGGGCUCCGGAGUUGCUUUAUGGAUCCAUAAACUAUGGUUUAGAAAUUGAUCUCUGGUCACUUGGCUGUAUUUUUGCGGAACUCAUGACUCUGAAACCCUUGUUUCCUGGAACGGCUGAUAUUGACCAGCUCAGCAAAAUUAUUAAUGUUUUGGGCAACCUUGACGAGAGAGCUUGGCCUGGCUGCUCAGAACUUCCUGAUUACAGAAUAAUCUCGUUUAGCAAGGUAGAAAACCCUCCUGGUGUUGAAGCCUGCCUGCCCAACCGCUCAGCCGAUGAAGUAUCUCUUGUCAAAAACCUGGUUUGUUAUGAUCCGUCUAGGAGGGCUACAACAAUGGAGCUACUCCAGGACAAGUACUUUAACGAAGAACCUCUUCCUGUUCCCAUUUCUGAGUUGCGAGUUCCUCUGACUAGAAAUACUGAAGAUGAGGAUUCUAUUGGUGGGUGGCAGGAUUACAAUGACAUGGGUUCUGAUUCUGAUUUCGAUGACUUUGGCCCUAUGAAUUUCACCAGAACUGACAAUGGUUUCUCCAUACAGUUUCCUUGAACUUGAUGAAUUUCAGGUACACCAUAUUCUUGGAAUCGCUGUUUCGUUUGUGUUGUUUAACUUAUAUUUUCUCACGGAACAUCAUCUGAUGUUUCCAUUUGUGCUGCUCAACUUAUAUUAUAUUCGCAUCUUGUGGAGAGUCUGAUGUUUCCAUAUGUGUUUCUCGGCUUACAUUUUACUCGCGGAACAUCAUGUGGAAAGUCUGCAGUGAUGAGACUAUUUGUAAGGAAAUCUAUUUUUCUGUUAUGACAUGUGUUGUGAAUUAUAGUAUAAUCAGUGUAAAGCAAGCAGCAUGAUGAUGGAUUGUAUGUUAGUGUUACAAUGAUAUAUGUUGUUGAUGUAGUACAGCAUUUUUUGAACACUGAACUUUUAACGAGUGGAAUAAACUCCUACCUUUAUGGUUUAAA